AGAAGUAAACUGAAGUGAACAGUGACUGAACCAUUUCCACGUUGGCGUUUUUAUUGUUAUUUAGACGUUUAUUAACACCCUAGAACUCAACACAUUACUAAUUUAACUGCACAGCAUCACAUACUUACAAGGUAGUGUUUAAUUCGAGUUGGAGACCGAACUUGGUUGAUAAAUGUUAUAUAGGUGACGCUAGCUAGCUGCUAACAAUGGCUAACUGUAUGGUUUUUCACACUCAAAUAGCCUCCAUCAUGGAGGUGUUAGCAAAUGCAGCCGUGGCAGACAUCUGUAAACUCGUAGACGACGACUAUGCAGUGUUUCGUUUGGAAAUAACUCAAAGCCAGAAAGAAAACAGGGCAUUGCGGAGGAAACUACAGCUCCUGGAACUGAAGGUGGCACGGGAGUGCGCAGAAGGGACCAAUAGUGUCAAGAUCCUCGACCGAUACAGAGGAAUGCCAAGAGGUGAAGGACAUCUCACUGGAGGCCACAGGAGCUUUGUGAAGCCAACAGGACACAAUACAUGGAGAGAUGACCAAUCAAUCACUGUUGAUGAGGGGAGUGGAACCUCAGCCCAGCAUGUUACCAUGAUAGAGUCUGCAGAGGCUGCAGGUCCUGGAGUCAAGCAGGAUAGCCCUGAAAUAGAGGACCCACAACACAGUAGAGACAUCCAGACUGGAGUGACUGGAGCACCCCCUGUAGCCACGGAGGUCCCCACCGCCGUCGCCCGACGCAGCAUCACGGAGGAGGAUGUUCCAGAGAUGCUGCUGGUGAAGGAGGAGAGGUGUGAGGAGGGUCUGGGGAACGCUGAGGGGCCCAUGGACAUGGAGGACAACCAGACUACAACUCCUCCUGAACCCACAGAGGAACCAGCUGAGCAGCACAGGACCACAUACAGUCUCACUGAGUCAGUAGACAUGGAGGAUGGGAAGCCUGAUCUGCUGCUAGUCAAAGAGGAGACAAUAGAAGACGAACCAGAGAGCAUUGACCUGCUGAGUGAACUAAAGAUGGGGGAGCAAGGUGGUUGGCAGGAGGCUAACAGAGGAGACUGGGUGGCCAUCUUGGAUUCCCAGGCCCAGACGGGUGCAGCCAAGGGCUCACGGGACAACAUCACGGAGCAGGCCAGGACCAGACACGACAUAGUGGAGUCUGCAGUCCAUGAGGACCUGCUGAUAUCUGGUGUUGCUUGCGGGAGAGACUGAGCCUCUGAAGUGGCUGGUCAAAAUCCCUGGCCCUUGAUCAGAAGCCUUCGCUUUUCCUUCCCGAGUCAGAACAAGGACCCAACCACGAUUGACAGAGACUCCACCACCACACGGAACACAACCAGUGGACAGGUGGACUGAACAACCUCAGUCCUGGUGGUCAUCAGAGAGACAGAAGCUCCAGUCAGGGAUCCAGUCUGCAGCCCAGAACAUUCUCUUCACAGUCUCAGUGCAUGGUUACCCCACAAAUACAGACAGGGUCAGGUUGAGCGUUCACCAUGAGAGGUACCUAGCCUAUAACACGGCACACAAUCCCAACAACACCCAAACAAUGGCUAGAGGUCAAGGAGGGAGGUCAAAUACUAACCACCUGAGGGUGGUGGCUGCUGCUACCUCUGGUGUCAUUGGGUCAUAACGUGGGAGGCCAAGCAUUUGGACAGAUACUGUCAACCUGUACGCCUUCCCUAAGUGUGGGAAGCGCUUUGCUGAGGCAAACUAUGUGAAGAGGCACCAGACCGUUCACACCAAUGAGAAGCCCUUCAAGUGCAAAGAGCUUCUCCUUCCUGACUAACAUUACCAGACACAGGAGUGUCCACAACGGGGAGAAAUUGUGGCAGUGUGGCUUGAUGUACACAGUGGAUAUCUGGGAACUAUUCUUUAGCGCUGACAUAUUAUAGUUAUCAUGUGAAGUGUCUUAGGGUAAGGGGGGUAAUUAACCACAUACCCCUCAUUAACCCUUUGUUAACUUAUCAUUUGAAACAGUCUUGUGUAAAUACAUGUUUUUAGAGAGACAGUGAACCUAAGCAAGAACAAGUAUAGUUGAAUAUUUACUUUACUGAGGUGAUGUAAAUGGAAUAGUAAUUGGAUUAUUUUCUACUAUAUUUUUGCUAACACACUGUUCUUUCUAAACAAGCCUACUCUGAGCUUGAAAUAUACUGAUGAAUAGGUUUGAUGUGUAAUGUAAUAAGCGGCACCUUAUUUCAAAGAACAGCGCGCAGACCUUUUUAUUUAACCACACCCUUUGCGCUGCUAUGAGGUAAACCAACAAGAUCACUGAAGAAGGCCGUUGGUGAGACGCUGGAGAGCGAGCGCAAGUGCUAUUUAAUGCUGAAAGUGCGUCGAGUACAGUACAGAGAAGGAUGAGUGGACAACAGUGAAGUCUAAGAAUGGAACGAAAAGAGCUCAAAUUGUUGUGGAAAGUGAGUCUGAUGAAUCGUUUAUUUUUGGAUCAAGUUUUUGGGAUGAGGAUGGAAACCAUUUUGGAGUCAGGAUGGUGAAGAAGUGGAUGCAGUCAGUAACCAGGAGUGGUAUAUCUAAAGGGCAAAAGGAGCGUGCAUUGUGGCUCGCGAAAUCAUAUACCCAUGAAGUGGACAGCUUUGAUAUUUCAGAACAGGGCAACGGUAAAAGUAUCAUCUCUGGCAUCGCGACAUUAGUAUCUCAGCCUGAAAAGUCCAGGUGUAGUUCAUGUACGUCUCUUGACCCGUAUGAUGGAUGGGGAAAACCGAGCAAAUUUGAUAUGUAUUAAUGUUGUUUAUUAAGAGUAUCUCCCGACCAUGUAAAGCUGGGAUAUAUUAGCGGACUUAACUCCACGGUGAAGGAAGUUUUCUGAUGAACUUCACCACUAGUUGCCAUCUUCGAGCAACAGCAAUGAGCAAAACGUCAGUGGUUGUAUUUGAUUAGCAUUUACUGAAAAAGUAAGGAUUUCAGCAAACAAAUAAAGUCACAGAACUACAGUGGACAAACACGUGCAAUGUGGGCGUUUAAUAUAUGUUGUUUUUGUUGAAAGUAUUGACGUUUGGCGAAUCGAUGUAGUCGGAGCUAGAUUCCACAAAGCCUGGUCUCGGCUCCACGCCUUAAGUUCAUCAACACUGGUGGAAAAUAUAUGCAAUUGUCAUAUUUCAGUAAAAGUAAAGAUACCUUGAUAGAAAAUUACUCAAGUAAAAAUCACCCAGUAAAAUCCAAAGCAUUUGGUUUUAAAUAUACUUAAGUAUCAAAAGUAAAU